AAGAACAGAGAUAUAUUUGUGUCCUUUUCUAUCUCAUGCAUCUUGUUCGCGAACGACCUUGGUUAACCAAAUUGUGCGUUAAACUUUAGAAGCGACGCGACGCCACAGCAUUGUAUCACCAGUUCUUAACAAUAAAGUUUUUUUUUAAAGUGCUACAACGAAAAUCUAAAAGGUAUUACUUGUGAAAGAUGAGUGGUAGAGCUACGCGUUCCAAAAAUCCGGUCCUAGAGUCCGGCCUGAAAUUCAGUGAACGUUCCCGUUCCACAGACGAUCGACCUGACGUUAACGAGCUGUACAAUAGAUUGGACAAGAUAUAUUUUAAUGGCGAGGUAAAGUUGGCAGGCUUUAGCGUAAACUGGGGAGCAAACAUGCGAUCGACUGCUGGAAUUACUGAUCUACAUAAGCGAACAGUUAGCAUAAGUUGGGAGGCUUACCAGCUGUUACCGGAAAGUGAUCGCAACGGAAUAGUUUUACAUGAAAUGAUUCAUGUAAAACUGUUCAGACAUAGGAUGGACAAAGACAGUAAACAUCACACUGGCAUGUUCAUUUCUGAGAUGGACAGAAUCAAUGAAAUGGGACCCUAUAAGGUGAAAGCACACCAUGAAAUACCGGAGGAUGUGAAAGAACAGCUGCACCCAUACGUGUGGAGAUGUCGCAGUUGCAAUUAUAUUCUCCGAUUACCCAAUACUGGGGCACCAGGUCCGCAAAAUCGACAUCUCACCGACGGUCAAAUUGUAUGUGAUAAUCCUUCGUGGAAGAAAUUGUGGAUAUCAUAUUAAGCAGUUCUCUUUUACACAUUUUUAAACUAUUAUAUUUUUUGUUAGCACUUUAAUAAAUGUAUAUUGUUUACUUGAAGGAGAUGGAGUAGUUUAAUAAAGUAAAUCUUUAUUCUUAA